AUGGAGUUAAAAAUUUUAUUAUCAUUUUUUUUGAUGAUUAGUGGAUCAUUUUGUAAUCAAUUAAAAUUUUUCAAUAAUUGUCCAUUUUCUGUAUGGCCUGGUGUAGAAGGUAAUCCAGGAAAGGCGCACCUUGAAAACGGUGGAUUUAAAUUAUUGCCAUAUGAAACAAAAGCUGUUAAUACACCAGGUGAUUGGGCUGGUAAAAUUUGGGCAAGAACAAAAUGUGAUGGAUCAGGAAGAUGUCAAACUGGUGAUUGUGCCAAUAAAAUACAGUGCAAUGGAACUAUGGGUGUGCCACCAUUCACACUUGCUGAAAUAAAAUUAAAAGAUACUUUUAAACUUGAUUGGUAUGAUAUAUCUUUGCUCAACGGUUACAAUAUUCCAAUUAAAAUAUUACCAACUGAUGGAUAUAUUACUCCAAGCAAUAAACGUUAUGAUUGCAAAGCAGCUACUUGUGAAGCUGAUUUAAAUGCAAGAUGUCCAAGUGAAUUGGCUGUUAAAUUACAUGGUACCACUGUGGCUUGUAAAAGUGCAUGUGAAGCUUUCAAUACAGAUGAAUACUGCUGUCGUGGUGUCAACAAUUCUAAAGAAAUGUGCAAUAUAAAUAAAUGGCCAAUUAAUUAUCCAGCAAUAUUUAAAUCAGCUUGUCCAUAUGCGUUUAGCCAUCCUUAUGAUGAUGCAACCAGCGUUUUCACUUGUCGAGGCAAUCCAGAAACUAAUUACGACAUUAUUUUUUGUCCAUUUUCUAUGGAUGAUAAUUGA